UGAGAGCCUGCAUCGAUGACUAAUGAAUUUGAAUAUCUGCCCCGUAACGUUCGUUUUUCCAAAUAUGGAAUGUCUAUCCUUAUAUGGUGUUGUUUACAACUUUCGUGCAAACUAAAUUUAGACCGCGCAAACUAAAUUUAGACCGUACAGUUUAUACUGUUUUUCGAAAUAUAAGAUAUUCAAGCAAAAGUUCAAAUGUUUUAAAUACUGUUUUCUCAAAACAGAACAUUUCGUACUUUGAGAUAAGACGGCCAAGACCAAUUUCAUCAGUUAAUGUGUUUUUUUAUGCAUAGUGCUUCAGCAGUUGACAUAUAUAGAGCUCAGCGGAAACAUAUAAAUUAUAGCAUCUGACCAAUGAGAAUUUCGCGUCACGAUUUGAGACGCAGAUAUUCAAAUUCAUCAGUCAUCGAUGCAGGCUCUCAAUUCAGCUUGAGAGCCUGUUCGCAGGCUACGUGUAAAUAGAAUGUUAGUACAUAUUUCGUGUACAGCUACAUAAAGUACUUACACUCCAAAGAAAGAUGGCAGGCUCAUGUACGAAAUUGGCGGGAAAAUGCGUUUCUCGAAAAUUCGAAAUCGAGAAAUCGACGUUAUCAUAUCGACCAAACAACAGUUUCGUCCUGGAAGGUAGAAGAACAAGGAAAGAGACUCAGUUCUGGCAAGUAUGUGUUAACCUAUAAACGAUAAGUAAUGAUUAGUUUGCAUUAUACAAUAGGCAAUAGCUGAGUAUUAUAUCAACGAUGGCGACAUACAUACCAUAAUUUUGAUACUAUAGCUGUUGAUAGACCAGUAUAAUAAAUAAUGACGCAAAAUUUUUGUAGUUCGCUACAGCUACUUGCCUACUUCGUAAAAAUGCAGUCAGCUAGAAAUACUGCUACUUGACAAAAAACGUAGUUCGCUACUGACUACAGCUGCUUUUUAAAAAAAUGUAGCAUUCGCUACUUGAACGCAACAGCCGAUAACCUGCUAUGAUGCUUAUCUACAUAAUAUACAAUUUAUACGUUGUCAUAUGUUAUUCUGAUUUUAUUUGAAUGACAAGAAAGCUGAUAAAUAGACCAAAAGCGGCAAAAACUGUAUACAUAUUUAAUACAAUGUAGCUAAACUAAACAACUUUUUCUACUCGUUUAAAGCAUUAGUUUUGUAAGCAAAUACUUGGUUAGCGUCACACUCUCACAAAGGCGGGAGGGCGUUUUUUUAAAAAUUUUUACUUGUUUUUAAAAUUUUUUAAUCAGUGGCGUGCUGGGUACUAAUUUUCUGGGGGGGGGGGGCAGUUGGCUUUCAACUAAUAUGCGCCCCUAUAUUGUAAUGCUUGAUAAACAAGUGUCGAAGGCACGAGCCGAGCGCCGCAGGUGCAAGGUUUCUCUAGGGGGGUCCGGGGGCAUGCCCCCUCGGAAAUUUUUUAAUUUAGGGUCUCUGAAAUGCCAUUUCCUGGACUUUGGGGGGAAGGUUUGACAGAAAUCUGAUGGUCAGGAAACGGCAUUAUAACGUGUUGAAAUUUGCAAUUUGGUUAGAAUUAUAUAUAGUAGUAGUUCUUAAAUUGGGCAAUGCUAACUCAGUUCCAGCGAUUAAUCUAAUCCCAAUUCUAUUCUCUACUGAUCUGGUGAUCUGAAUACAUUUACAACAUACAGCUCUUUUAUACAAUAACACAAGGACCCCACGCAUAUGCACUUUAAGGUUACCUUGCUUGGCUGCCAAAAGGGCGCUUUUCAGCAUUAUCUUAUCACUUACAUUACUCAUGAGUCAUGAUGUUUCUUGCACAAACAACUAAAUUGCGUACACAACUUAAAUUAUCAUAACUAUCUAAUUUGCGCCGCUCUCGUGAUUCGUGAAGCAUAAUACCUUCAUAAUAUAAGGGCAUAAUACCAGCAAAAAAGGGCAUAAUUCCCGUGAUCGCUUCGAAACCUGACCAAUAUUCCUGAAAUUAUCAUAACUAUCUAAUUUGCGCCGCUCUCGUGAUUCGUGAAGCAUAAUACCUUCAUAAUAUAAGGGCAUAAUACCAGCAAAAAAGGGCAUAAUUCCCGUGAUCGCUUCGAAACCUGACCAAUAUUCCGGUAAUGAGACAUUGUGUGUGAUCACUGAUCAUGUUUCUAUAUGAACGAUUUUGUGUGAGCCGUGAAGUAGCAAAUUAGCAAAUAAGGUUAGACGAAAUAGUCUGUAAUUUAAUAUAUCACUUUGUCGUCUAUGCGCUUAGUCUCGAUCUGUUUAUAAGCCUAUAUAAAUAUAUACUUCUUGACGGAAGUAACUAUAUUUUUUCAAAUGCGUUUUUUCCCACCCACUUACAAAAUUCCGCACGGGACGGCGCCCCCUUUUCAUUUUUGUGCCCCCCAAGAAUUGCCAGCUGGGGGGGGGGGCCGUGGCCCCCCGGCCCCCCCUACCAGCACGCCACUGUUUUUAAUAGUAUUUUUUUGGGGGGGGGGGGGAGGAUGGGGGCGGUUUUUCCACCAUAUCGUUGAUAUUUUUUGUACUGAUGUUGCGAAGGCCGCCAUUUUGAUUUAUUAUUUAUUUAAUAAAAAAUUUCUGGUUUCUGAUUGGCUAACAGCCAACUGUGAAAUUGUCAUAUCAACUCAAUGGCUAAACAAAUAUGGAUUUUUCCCAUUCAUAUUAGCAAAUUGACGUCAAAGAGCGGGCGGUGACGCUAACCAAGUUUGUUUUUUUAUUUGGCCUAAUGUUGCUUCUAACCACAGAAUAAAGAUCAGUAACAGAAGGGCCACUCAGCGGUGCAAUGCGUCCUCGUUUUUUAUGCAAAAAUAUGCAGUUUACUGGCCAGAAGGUGGAGCAGCCAGCCAGUACAGCAUGUUUAUUGGCCAGAAAAUGUCAUUGACUGGCUAGGAAAAUGGUGGCCAACAUGCGUAAUGCGACAUGCGCAAGGACAGAAACUUCAAAGCUUCCGACAUAAGUUGCCCUUCUGUAUAGAUCUUUAUUCUGUGCUUCUAACUAAUAUGCAUGGCAUAUUGCAAUGAAUAUAAAAAAUUCAAACCGUCUGGCUUUCCAAUACACGGUUGCAUAGACCAGUGGAGCCGCAGAAUUUGUGGCUCCAAUAUAUCUCUGACCUUCUGACAAACUAAAUCUAUGUCAAAACUAGCUUUCGUCUCUUCAGACCAUAUUAAAGCACAAAUGUGCAUUUUUCAAAGUUCUAACACUCAUUUGAAUAUUAUGCUGACCAGUUAUUCAACAUGAAAAUGAUUUCUUUAUAUUUGUUUCCUAACUUUCCUUGACUGAAAUAAUUGCAUACCAUAUUAAAUCAUCUUCCAAGGACUCCAUCUUGACUUGAAACGUUGCCGCCAAAUUUGCUGUGAUGUUCCCAUAAAAAUUUGGCGUAAUAUUCCCAUAGAAAUUUGCUGUGACACUUCAGGCCGCUUAAAACAUUUUGUGCAUUGAUUUCUCACUCUUUUGCCGUAUUUAUUAGACCUAACCAGGAGCAGUUGUGAAAAUACAGCUAUAUAAUAUAGGCCUUCUGGUAGGAAUCGAACCUGCGGCUCAGCGAUUCCAGUGCAGUGCUCUAACCAACAGCCCUCGAACCAUCAUUGGUUAGAGCGCUGCGCCAGGAAUCGUAGGGCUGCAGGUUCUAUUUCUGGCAGAGGGCCUAUAGUUGCAUUUUUGCAACUGCUCCUGGUUAGGUCCAAUAAAUGUAUAAAACUCACACUUGCAAUUCAUCUCCACCCUAAUACAAAUUAGUUAUCGAGUGCAUAUAGAUGCCCAAAAUCCUAAUGUAUUAUGUAAUAUAUGAACAACGAGAGCGAGUGUUUCACCGGGAUAUCCAAACACGAGAAAACAAUGGCUUCUCAAAUGAAUCGAGACGUAACAGAAUGUUUUCGUUUGCUGAUUUGAAUAGAAUUCUUAACCAAGCAUAACGUAAUUAGGAAUUCUAUUCAAGUAAUUUUGCAUGCGUAAUUAAGAUAUUUGAUGAAAACACUAGUGACUUUCAUCAAGUAUCCAAAUAGCAUCUUGUGAUCAAAUAGGUGAUUAUCAUUGGCUGAAUUACUCAUGAAUUAUUAAUGAAUUUGAGAAAUAUUUAUAUAAACCACUGUUGACGAUCACUGAUAUAAACGUUCGCAGCAAGCAUGUGGAUCAUUUGUCAAGAUGAUGUUUCUGUGAAGUUCACCUUCCUACACAGACAUGCAUAUAUGCAGGUUGUCUUGAAAAAUGGUCUGUCUUUGUGUAUAAUAAUAAUAAUAAUAACACUUUAUUUAUUGAGGAUAAACAGAUAAAGUUACAACUUUUUUCCAAUCUGGUCCUCCUAAACUCUAUAGACACAACAACAAUAACAUUAAACAUGACUAUUUUCAGUACUUCCUAUAGGAGUAUGAACAAAUGAAAUCAUGGGUACAAUGUAAAGUAUUAAUUAACCAGUACUACAAUUCAGUUGUUCAUACCUCGAGAAAGCCCCAAUUUACUAAUCAGGCAAUUUUCUAACUAUGUCUAAAUUAUAUUUACUAAAGUACAGUAUAACAAGUCGAAAUACGCGUUGACAUACAACUCACAAGUGUCUAAAGUGAGAUUAUAAACAUGAUCGUGCUCAGCUAAAACUGUAGGCAUGAAUUUCGGCAGUAAUCGCAGGGCCGUGGGUUCAAUUCCUACCAGAGGACCUUGUGCUGCAUUUUUCGCAGUCGUUCCUGGUUAGGUCUUAAAAUGUAUAUAUUCUCACUUGGAUUCCAAACCCUAAUAUUCUAAUAACAGAGAAAUACACUGUCACUGAUACUUAUUGGACUAUAUACUUAUAUUAAACAAUAAUAUAGUUAAUAUAUACUUAAUAAAGCCUUAUGCUGUUAAGUUUAGUUGAACUCACGAGUUUCUGAGUAAAGUAACUCUUGCAAUAUGUGUUGAAUGACGGCUGCGAUGUUAUUUUCUUUGCCUCGUUAGGGAAACUGUUCCAUAAGGUGUAUGAAUACAAUCUCAGACAAGCUAUUGGAGAACUCAGCUAUAAUUGCUUGCUUAUUGCACUAAGUUACUGAAUAUGUUUUUACAACAAGAUUGGGAGACAAACCACUGGCAAUGUAUAUAUUACGAACGCAUUAUCAAACUCUGAAGUUCUUGAUGGUGGACCAAGAGGAGUAUAGGACAAAACAUUAAUUUUGUACGUUUUGGAAGUGCAUGAGAUUUGGUGUGAUACCAUAUUCUGUUUACGUGUCCAGUUAAUUGGUCAACAGAAAUUUGAAAAGUAUCAAACAGGGAUUGUUUCUUCAAAAGUAAUCAACUAUACUUUGCUACAGCUGAGAAGUGUAGUUCAUUUAAUGUAUAGACAAGUUUGGCUGUAUACUAAGUUACCAAUGAAUUACAAUUAACCAGUUUAGAUAUGAAGUCAACAAUUAAUGUAGUUUGUAAAGACAUGUAAUAUAUCCUGGGAAGCUAUGACUGCCCAUACCAGGCAUUGUCAGUCAUUUCACCCUACCGUGAUGUUGGUCUAGUGACAACCUUGUCCCCAGGCUCCAGUACGUGCUCCCGCCCACUCACGUUUCUCACGUGUUUCUCCCGAGAGACCUUGACGUGCAGGGGACGAGGCUAGUCUAGUGAUUAAAAUUUGUGGUUGUCCCCGACUGAAUGAUAUACUAAAAUAAGCUGUGAUGAAUGACUCGUAUAAUUGUAUCAAACAGUCAAUGUCAAUUUGCAAUAAGUCACGACUUACACUACAGUACAGUACCAGGGCUUUCAGAAAUUUUCAGAGUAGGUGUCUGUUUUGAUAAAGUAGGCGGCCGUUGGGAGGGGACGGGCUAGUUAGUCUUAAAGUCAUCCGAAUUAAUUACGUACAUUGAUUAGAUAGCAACACAACACAAAUUAUGAUGUAUCACUACUUUCAUUUUUCAACAAGAUUUAUUAUAAGAUGGCAAAUAACUAAAUCAGUUUUACGAAAUAGUACGUCGUUUUCGAAAAUAACCAGGCUAUAAAUUAGUAUAGACCAAGUUGAGGAAAAAUAACUUUGUUUGAAUGCUUAGAAUGGAGGAAGGAGAGCAGAAGAUGUUUCAAGUACUAAACAAAGUAACUGGCGCGGUAAACCUCGUGCCACCCGCCGGGUUAUUUUGAAAGCCCUGAGUACAGUACUUGGUUUUUCCGUUUUCCAAUUUGAGGAAAACCGAAGAACCGGUUUUGAAAAAACACUGAUAUUUAUCGGUUUAUUGACAAUAUUGAUUGGGAAAAUUUAGAUUGGAUAUUGCUAUAAGUAGGUCAUCCUAGCAUCCUUAAUGUCUGCCCAGUUUUUCUAUAUUUUUAUGAUCUAAAAUGGAGGUUUAUUGUUGAUUUAGGUUUGAACUGUGGGACUGAAGAAAUGGACCAGUCUCAGAAAAGAAAAUAUCCAGAUAACAAUGAUAAUGAUGGUCAGUAAUGCUGUACUAAUGAAUUUACUCAAAUAAUACAGUGACACCUAAAAGCACUAAUUUAAAUGCUGCUUAACAGGUGGGAAAAUUGUCGUCGCUGACCAAAUUUAUCGGUGACGCUUUCUUUUUGCCAGCAAAAAUUGUGAAAACAAUAAAAACACAGAUUUCGCUACCCUGUUUCUCGUACUACAGCAGAGGAAAAAUAAAAGAAAGCUAGCAGACGUACAGUAAACGUUAAUAAACGUUCAUAAUCAAGACCACAAUUACUUGUCGCAAUCGGGGAAUUAGCAGUCAAGAAUUAUUCGCUGAAACAUGGCCGAAAAUGACGUUUCUUGCAAAAUGUGUGUAGUUUGAUGCAAUGAUGGCAAAUAUAACUCGAACAAGAACUUAAUAUUGAUGGAAUAUUACUUGAAAUUUGCAGUAUAUGCGUUUGUUGUCUAGGACAAAGUUCAUCGUCAAAUUUCAGUAUGUCAGGUAGCCUAUUUUGCUAAAAUUGCUUGUUUUUCACCUUAAUUUUAGACUCAUAUAUACAGGUUGUGCCAAUGGCAAUGAAAUGUGAUUAAGUCAGACGAUGUGCUUCUUUCUAGUUUUUGCUAAUAGAAUGUAAACUCGCCUAAAGAAAUGAAUAAAUACUGAAUUUUGGCAAAUUUCAUGUGCAAGUGUGAUUUAUACGAAAAAGGCGAAUCCGGAAAUGAGCAUCAGAAUCAGAUUUUUCUGACUAUGACUCUCAUUUCGAAGCGCAAACUUUUUAUUAUUUUUAAACGCAAUUUUCGCUCGUUCAAAAUUCUAUAAACACGAAUUUUGUCAUGUUACAGGUUGUGCCAACGAAAUAUCGUUGUUUCACAUUAAAUUUCAAAGCAUUUUUAAGCCUUAAAAAAUGAAGAAGUGUUAGUACAGUAUUCUUGGUUUGAAUUUCACAUUUUAUUGAAGCUAUCAGACGACAUUUUAAAAGGAAAUUUUUUGCUCUGUUUUGUUUUGCGCUGAAAUAAUCGAUAUUAAUAGUUUACAUUCAUUGUAAAAUAUGUGACAAUAGAGGAAAUCAAAGUAUUGCUGCAACAUUUUUUGUCAAUGAAUCCAAUUUUUGUGGUGAUUUAUGGGUCUGAACAGCCGCUGAAAAAUUGUCUUUCGAAGGCUUCGUUCAUGUUGUUUAUGCUUUUUAAACCAAUUACCAAGUGGAAGCACGCAUAUCUUCUUCUCCCGCUGAAAACCCGAGCAGUUUUCGCGCAUGCUCGGACAAUUUUUCCACCGACACCUGUUAUGCUGCUUCUUUUAAAACUUUAGUGGUACCACUACUGGAUGGGAGGCUAGGGUGAACCUGUGGGCCUCACAAAUACCGACCCACCUUGUUCCAUACAUUUCAUUAACCCAUUGAAUUGCAGUGCUCUCCUCUUGACGUGUAAAAUCGUCUGGCGUUAGUAGGGAGAAUUAACCAUUAGGGCGCAAUGCGACUUACACGUGCAUGUUUUGAUGUUUAUGAAUGCACGAGACUGAAACACACGUGAUUUUUUCACUUGAUAUUAAAUAACAUGUAAAAUUAAAUAAUAUAUAUAUAUACUUCUAACGUAAUAGAACAAUAAUGGAUUAUUGAAUUUGUACAGUCAUACAUGUUCAGUAAAAUUGUCUGGAUCUAUUUAAGCUUCAAGACAUGCAUUUUUAUUUGAAUGGAUGAUUCCAGCUUUAGACUAAAUUUUGAUACAGGCAUGCAAGAAGAACAAAAUCCAUCACCACAGCUAGAAAGAGCAUGUUAAAAUUAGUAAAAUUGUGAAUGUUUCGCCGCGAAAUAUUGUAAAACGUGGAAAAUAUAACCCAACGUUGCAAUUUUACUAAUUUUAACAUGCUCUUUCUAGCUGUGGUGAUGGAUUUUGUUCUUCUUGCCUAGUUCAAAAUUUGAUCCAUUGUUGGAUUCCCAAUUUUAUUCACCAAUAAAAGGUGGGAGAGUGAAGAAAAAAAGGAAAAGAAUUGUCAUAAAGGCCGUUUUCUAUUACCGUUCCUUUGCCCAAGCAAGGCGAUAUAUAUAAGUGUCUUGUGGAAACAUAGUUAAUAGAAUAGAUGGUUUGGAAACUCGUUAGAAUAACAACAUAACUCAUCUAUGUUAGUCAACGUUUAUUCAUAAACAUGGUCGUUCACCGUCACGUGACUGUGUAUUGUGUUCUUGCCAAAUCCACCAAUAGCAAUUUUCAAUUUACCCUAUUGUUCGAGUUACGGAUAGGUAACUUUCCUAAGACAUUGCAGAUCGAAAGGUUAUAUGCUAAUUUAGUAAUUUGUCCACUACAUUUUCAACACCCUGCAUUUUCAACACCCCGGGACUCCGCACAUUCAUGCAUGCAUGUAAACCAUGUCCAGCCCCUGCAGUGGCGGAUAAAUUUCCUAUCCGUACCCACUUGGGUAGUUAACCGGCAGAUAAAAUUGCGUUGCACAAAGCCUGUUUAGUAUCGCGUUUAACUAUCUGUCAGAUAACCUUGACCAUAUGUGUGUGGCUCCGUGUAUAAAUAAAGUUAUCCUAUCCUAUCCUACGGGGCUGAUGCUUUCGGGGGGGGGGAGUUGAAAGUUUGCCCAAAUUUUUAUGGAGAAUUGUAAUGAAAUAACCCGAUUUUAACGUAUUUUCUGAUAAAUCUGUCUGAAUUUUCUUGAUUUUUCCUAGCAUUUGCCCGAAUUUCCAUGGUUUUCCAAAAUGGGGGCAUGCCCCCUGUCUCGUACGCCUUUGACCUAGUUGACUCACCUGAAGGAAACCAGAUUUUCCCGAAACUUCUUAUCUCUAAUAAAACUAGUGAAUUCCACUUACCUUUAAACUGUUAACUUGCAUACAUAUAUCGUUGUUUAUAUUUGGAGUUUCUCGUCCACUCGUUGUAGUACUAUAUCAAACUUUUCGUUUUCACAUAUAUAGUGCUGACUUUCUUAUCCUUGCUUUUUUCGAUAUUUCGAUAGGCAUAAAGAACAAACACCGAGUUUAAUUAUAGGCCUUAUAAGGAGAUGGAUCCAGUACCGUGUAAGCAGGAAGCCAAAGUGGUCAAAUAAUUGUAAUAAUAAUUGUCCCGUUUAAACGCAAUAAUUAGUACAAAUUUUUAUCCCGACAAAGACUUGCCAAGGGUCUAAUACAGAGGGUCUAAUAGUAAGAAUGUAUUUUUAAAUAGGACCAGUACCCAUGGACAUAGACAUGCAGGUUGAUGUUGUGGCCCAAGCCAAGUUAGUUAAUGGAAUAGUCUCUAAAACGUUUGAUGAAAAAUUAGAAGACGAAUACGGCUCAGGUAUAAUAUAGUGUUUACAGUUUCUACCUUAUUUUUUCGAAUAUAUUUGAUGUUUCUUGUUUGAACUAUAGAGCUAGCAACUGUAAUAUCCGUGACAGUUUUUAGGCACUGCUAUUGAACCCGAACUUGUACGGUAUACGUAUAUAUGUGCAGCAACACCACCCCUUCUCUCUAAACAGACUAGCUACUAAACGUCCCAAACAUUGUUUUCACAUUAAGAGAUUUUAACUGGCUAUAUCCAAAAUCCAAGGUUUUAACUGGAAUAUGGGGAACAACUCUUGAUAGCCACGCUUCUUGUAUUUUUGUAUCUAUGCGAAACAUAGAUACAUUGCUAGUGAUUGCUAUCGAGUUGUUCGUGGGUUAAACACGCGUCCGCCUUAAACACAUGCCGGCGAACAGGCAGCCUAAAUUGAAAACAAAGUGGCGGCUUCUAUUCUACAUUUAAAAUAACAUUUUAUGUGUACAAUUUGUAAUAGUACAUCGCUAUUAACAUCUGUUUCACAAACAACAAUACAAUGAAAAUGUACUGUGACAAGGUGAGAGUUUGUUUUCUGUCUAAAUGUUUGUGUGAUUUAAAAAAAAAUGAAAUGCUAUGUGGGAAAUGUUUUCACACGCAAAUAAAGUUUUAUCUGUUCAUAUUUACUUCAAAACCCUUACAAAAUAAACCCAAAACCUAAACAUGUCCGCCAUGUGUUUUUCUGUCCCAUCGUUCAUUGGGGCCCGUACACCACAGGCACCCAAACCGGAAACUCGAGAUUAAACACCCUCCCCCUUUCUUAGCUGAAAGGCUAAGAAACAUUUAACUGUUUAAUUGUCCUUAGAGUGUGCAAUAUCACUUAUUAUCUGUCCGAUCUUCUCUAACGCCGCUCUUGAUUUACUUGGCUCAAAUGCAUUCGCCUUUGGAGAUUCGAUGCCUUCGAUUGCUGUGACUUAG